GCCGCGGGUGUGUGUGAGAGAGAGAGAUGAGGGGCUGGGUUAUCUUCAGGCUCCAUGGAAACAGGAUCAAACACGGAAGUCCUCCGUCCAGUCCUCUGCAGAGAGUCUGUCCGUGGUCCUCAGGUGUGCUGACAGGAUGCCCAGGUUUCAGGAGGUGGCGUCGGGUCAGGCAGUGCCUCCUGGAGGCGGUGGUCUGGUUGCUAAGCGAUACAGCGUCCUGCAGAGUCUGGGCAGAGGAAGUUUUGGCUCGGUUUAUCUGGUUCAGGACACCAGAGCUACAGACGGAGAGCAGCUGAAGGUGUUGAAGCAGAUUCCUCUGGGCGACCUUCGACCUGAUGAGACGGUCCGAGCUACGCAGGAAGCCCAGCUGCUGUCUCAGCUGCACCACCCGGCCAUCCUCACCUUCUACCACAGCUUCCUGGAGAGAGACGCCUUCUGCAUCGUCACAGAGUACUGCCAGGAUCGGGAUCUGGACUGUAAGCUGGAGGAGGUGAGACGAGCUGGGCGACGCCUCCCUGAAAUCCAGGUCAUUGAUUGGCUUGUGCAGCUGCUGCUCGGCCUUCACUACAUGCAUGAUAGGCGAAUCCUCCACAGAGAUCUGAAGGCCAAGAACGUCUUCCUUAAACGAAACCUUGUUAAAAUCGGUGAUUUCGGUGUUUCCUGCCUGCUGAUGGGAUCAUGUGACCUGGCCACCACUUUCACAGGGACUCCAUACUACAUGAGUCCAGAGGUGCUGAACCACCAGGGAUAUGACUCCAAGUCUGACAUCUGGGCUCUGGGCUGCCUCCUCUAUGAGAUGUGCUGCCUGACUCACGCCUUCCAGGGGUCGAGCUUCCUGUCGGUGGUGAUGAAGAUCGUGGAGGGAGAAGCCCCGACGCUGCCCGCUUCGUACUGUCCUGAUCUGAACUCUGUCCUGCAGCGGAUGCUGCAGAAACAACCGUCAUCCAGACCAUCAGCUGCAGAGCUGCUCAAGACCAGGUUCAUGGAGGACCACCUGCAGAAGAUGAAGGACAGGUUUGUGUUUGUGUCGUCAGGAGCGGAGAAAGAUGCUGAGCUCAUCGCCAAGAACAUGCAGACGAAGGUUCACCUGCAGACGCUGAGGGAGAGGUCACAGGUGGAGAAGAUGACGCCCAGAGAGAGAAUGAGGCUCCGCAAACUGCAGGCUGCUGACGAGAAGGCCAGGAGACUCAGGAAACUGGCCGAGGAGAAAUACGAGGAGGUCCACAGCCGCAGGAGGGAGCUGAGGAGCCGCCAUUUUGAAAAAGUCAGUGUGGACGUUCUAAAUGAGAGCAGAGAGGACGGGGCCUGUCAGACUCUGCCAAUCAGCAGCCGCGAUCACCGGUCAGCAGGACGGUCGCAGCCAAUCGAGAGGCAGGACGAGUCGGAACCAGAGCCGCACGGUAUCCCAGAGGACCCUCAGGCGGCAGAGGUUUACUAUAACCAGGACGGAUUUGACUCGUGUUCAGAGGACGAGGAGACAGACACACCUGCGGAGACACUGUACCUGUCGGACCCACAGGUCAGUGAGCUGGAGGCCAUGAUGAAGCACAUGCAGAAAGUUCUGGAAGGGGACUUGAGUGGAGAGCCGGUGGAGCCUGAGGCCCCUCAGAGCCCCCAGGGGCCCCCGCUGAUCAACGGCAGCCUGCUGGAGACCAGAAUCCAACACAUGAGAGAGUCCAUCUGUCGUCGUCUGGGCUCAGACGUUUUCCAGAAGCUGUAUGAGGACCUGAAGGAGGCCAGGCAGCUCUGUGGCGGCGUCCCGGAGGAAGAUCUGACCCGAGUGGAGGAACCUGACGUGGGUUUCCAGGUGGAUCAGCUGCUGUUCUAUGAAGAAGAGCUGCAGAGAGUGAGACAGCUGCGGGACAGACCACCUGUCUGACUGUGUCUCUGCCUUGCUGUCAGGUGAACAGCAGCAGUGAACUCACUGAGGAUGAGGCUGAAAUAAAAAG